AUGGGAUAUUACGAGUAUCAUUGUCUGAUAUGCAGUGUCAGCUUUGCUAUUGCUCGUAUCCGCACAUCCAAGGAGCCACCUGACGCAUCCUGGGAUUGCUGUGGAAUCACCGCUCGUGAUCAUGGAUAUGUGGAGGUGGAUGACCUUGAGCAUGAAGAUGAGGAUUCUGAGGUUGAAAGUGACGAGGAAGAUGAGGACGAGCUAGGACAGUGUGGGAACGGAUGCAUGAUAGCUGUCCGGCCAAGGGAACAAACAGAGGCUCACGCUGGAAGCUCGUCAGAUCACCCUCACAGUUUACACCCCACCGAAGAAAUGUAUUAUCGAAGGAUCAAGAAUCAUCCCGAGGAAGUUAGGUCAGAUAUAUGGGCCAGACUCGAAGAUGGCGAUCCCGUUAUGCUGGAACACAUCGCCGGCCCGGAGUGCGAGAGCGAGUCGGGAUACAACGGACACCACAUCUCCGUGGAGGAAAUGAGGGGAUGCAAUACCAUGCAGGGGCUGAUUUUAAAACAUCCAGACUGGAAGCCGGAAGACGGAGACGAAGAGUUCGAAAGGUCUGGCCGGUACUAUCUCACCGGGCUGCAUGACGCCAACACCAAUAUGGACUCUUACGAUCCGUGUACGCCUACCAGACACGGCUGCUCCUCCGUAUCUCCAGCAUUUGAAAAUGAUGACACUGAUACAAUAAUGGCAAACAACUCUGACCUGGCCUACCAUUAUUCCCUAGCUGUACAUCCCACCUGCUUGGAGGUUUUGAAAAGGGUCCAUCUGCGCCGAUAUGGGCGCGCCGAUGUUGACACGUUCCUCGAAUGGUGGGAGCUGGGUGUCGACAAGAGAUCCCUACCCCAAGACCCAUGCCGAACUGAUGCUUCUCACGGCCGAGAUCAGUACUGGAGACAUAACAUUGGCGCCGAAUAUUUGGCUGCAAACCCCCUCUUUGUGCCUGGCCUGGAGAGGAUUUUCCGUCUCGCUGAUGCUGUGCCCCUCUCCGAGAGUGGCAAGAGAAAACACGACGACGACUAUGAUGCGUUCUCUGUGUUGCCUGCGGAACUACGCAGAAUGAUACUUGAUUGCCUAAGCAGGGAUGAGAUUACGAAGCUUCACCACGCAUCGCCUUUCUUGUAUCGCAACGCGAUGGGGGACUUGGGGGACUCGUUUAUGAAAGAACACCCCUGGCUGUGGGAAUAUUGGACCGCGUUGCCAUACUCCUCUUGGGCGCUCACAACCGCCACCGAGCUGAAAGAAUCAAUCGAGAGCCCGGUAAAGCAGCUCGCUGCGUCGCCUUCUAUUGACUGGGGCUCCGCCAUGAGGAUGUUAUGGAAUGAAGAGCAGGCUGGCCGUUUGAAGGGUCUUCAGAAUCGCCGCCGGAUUUGGAAAAUCUGUGACAUGAUACUAAACAAAGUCGAAGAACAGCGCCCUUUGGUUUCAUGA